AUACCGUCGACGCCGUCACACUCCAGAAUUGCACGAAGAUCAUGGUUUGAAGACAUAGAGGCGGGAUCUUGGUUCUUGCUGAUAAUGUCGCUCAUAAGCAGACUGAUAACACAAUACCCACGCGAUCUGCCUUGGCUUCUGGAUCUGACGAUCGACGAGGCUGCCGAGGGCCUCCAGUCACGGCCGAUUCACGACUCUGGGCCUCACCAGAGCGUGCCUGGCGAGAAUCGACGAAGCUGCCAAGUUCAAGGCUGUGUUGCAGAUCAAUCCGGAUGCUCUAUCGGUGGCCCAGGAACUAGACAAUGAGCGGAGGCAAUCGAGAAGCAGGGGCUAAACUGAAUCAGCGAGUCGCCGGUUAGAUUCCUCAUCGCUGACAAUGUCUAUCAGGUCCUCUCCACGGUACUCCGAUUCUCGUCAAGGAUAACAUAGUUACGAGCCACAGAUUGGACGUAUCUGCUGGUUCGUUCGCUCUUUUGGGGGCGAAGCCCUCGGCCGAGUCCUCAGUCAUCGGAAAACUGCGAGAGGCCGGAGUUUUGGAUCCUAGGCAAGACGAACAUGUCUGAGUGGGCCAACCUGAGAGGGUUAAAUAUCAGUUCUGGAUGGAGCCCCCGGGGUGGCCAAAUGUCGGCUGCAUAUUAUUCCAAUUCUACACCUGAAGGUAGCAGUUCUGGCUCAGCAGUUGCAGCUGCCCUAGGAUUGUCGAUGGCUGCCAUUGGCACGGAGACGUUUGGCAGUAUUCUGGAACUGGCCGAGCUCAACAACGUCACCGGACCGAAACCCAGCCGCGGCCUGAUUGUGAACGAUGUAACUCUACCUACAUCGGCGCGUCAGGACGUCAUUGGAACGCUCACUAGAACAGUGAGCGACGCGGCGCACCUGCUUACAACGAUGGCAGGUCGAAGCGAGAACGAUGAGCGUACCUGGAAUAUCCCUUUUGCAGUCCCCGACUUCACCACCUAUUGCAAAGACACGGAUCUGAGUGGGAUCACCAUAGGUGUCCCGCGCAGCACCUUCACUGUCGACUCUACAUCACCCAUAAUGAUAUCUUUCGAGUCCGCGCUCGACACCCUACACCGGGCUGGAGCAAAGGUGGUUGACAAUGCCGACUUCCCGGAUGUCGAGGAGUUCAUGAAGCUCAACCAGCAGGUUCGUGGCAUUGUACGGGCUUCAGAGUUCAAGAGAGAUAUAGUUCGAUAUCUUCAGACCCUCGAGGCCAACCCAAAUCACAUCCACUCUGCUGAGGACAUCAUCAGGUUCACAAAGUCUUUUGCGGGCGAGGAGCAUCCAGACCGCGAUAUUAGAAAGUUUUUGUGGACCCAAGCUGAGGGAAUCUAUGUCAACACCGACAAGUACAGAGAGAUGGUUAGCCAAGGGCAGUUCUACGGGGGCGAAGUGGGGAUCCUCGGUGCGAUGGAGAAACACGGUCUUGAUCUCCUCACUGUCCCUUCUUCAAUGGGCAUCGCAAACGACUUGGCUGUGAAGAGAUGGGAUUCCCCGUACUUGAAGUGCCAUUGGGGUUCUAUUCUGAGGGCCCGCCGGUUGAACUGGACGAGAAUUGCCCGAACCGGAUCAGGGUUGCGCCUGGGAUUCCGUAUGGCAUCUACGCUGGCGCUGUUUGAAGUCAUCAAGAGGUUGCUGACUUGUGUCUUUGCAGUUAUUCAUCGGCUCCGAUCUCCAAGGCUUUCUCGGAUAAGAUCCUGA